AUGCAGGUGAAUACUUGGCCAGCUCCUCCGAGAUUCAAGAAGAAAGUGCCUCCAAAGAUACCAUCCUCAUACGUAAGCUUUGGAACAAGUUAUAAAGUGGAAAACAGUGUUCCUAUAAACACGUCAUUCCCCUCGAUGAAGUUCGAUAAGGACAGAUUCAAAGAACUCGUAAAUCUUUCCUUCUCCGCAUUCAUUGAGCUACUUGCAUUUCCGCUUGAUCAUGAAGAGCUAAUAGAAAUAAUAAGCAGUACACACCUUGAAAUCAAUCAAAUUCUCAAUGGAGGCAAGGGAAUGGAAGCUAUAUCUGAAAUUAGAAGGAUUAGAAACGACCAUAUAAGAAACAAAAAUAGGAUAGCAGAGGAAACUCGAAGAAAAAUAUCAUACUUCAAAAUAUAA